AAUUAUGUUUUAUUGCAUAGUAGUUAUUAAUUUAGUAAACGUAAAAACAAAAAAUGGAUUCAAAGUUGCUGCUUGAAGAUACCAAGUUGUUCAUUGAAGUUGAAAAAUCUAUGUGUAAACUGUUUGAUGAAAAUAAUCGUCUCCAAAAACAGAGCUCCUUGCACUCAAAUCAAUCCACAGUAUUUGUAAAUCAUUGUGUUUUUAAGAAAAUAUACCUUUUAAGUUAUAUUAGAGCCUACAAAGGAUUCUCUCAAGUUCUGAUUUCUGAGCUCUCUCAGCUUUUUGAUGCUAAACUGUAUCGGAAGGGAAUUUUUCUAAUAAGUAAAUAUCAACCAAAAUGUUAUAGCCAGGAUACACUUUCAUCUUCUCCAAUAAAUAGUACAGUAGUCGAUGAAAGCUUGUUAGAGGAAGAGAUUGACAAAGACAUUGUUUAUUUAAACAAUAAUAAUGUUCUAAGCAUAGAAAUCUUGUCCAAUAUUGUCUGCACAACAAUGUGUUUAGUCAAUGAAGUAAAAAUCGGUGGAAACGGCACCGCAUUUGAAUCAACAGGAAUGAAGAAAAACAUACUUAUUGAUAUGAAGAGCCUUACUCCUAUUCAGUUAAAAGAUGCAAGGUAUUUUAGUGCUAUAUACUUUAAAAGCAUGGUUUUAAAUUCGUUGGAAAAAUCUGUUUUAUUAAUAAAGUGUUUACCAAUUCAGCCAUCGGUUAUAGAAAAUCUAAUUAUAUAUACAGAAAAUGUUAGUAAUGAAAAGGUAGCCAUUCAUGUUGUUCAAGUUUCAGCAAAUCCAUCUCCUACUAUUAAAAAAAAAGUGUUUGAUUCAUUUAGAACUAAAGAAACUAAUUUUUUUGCAAUGUACGAUAUUUUAGGUGAUGUAAAAUUUGAAAAUAACAGUCUUUUAGAUGAAAUAAAUACUUCUGUAGUAAAUGAAGAAACGUUGUUACAAAUCAUGAUUUAUUGGUCUGGCAGUGGUUAUAGUGUUUCUAAGCCACCACCUCAUUCAGCUAAGGCUGUUAUAAAAGUUCAAGUUGUAGCUGGUGAAUCACGAUCAGCUGCAUACAAUGCAUACAUUGAAUUAAAAGCUCUUGAUACUGUUGUAAAUAGAACUGAAAACCAAAAUAUGAACAACUCUAUAUCUGAUAAAGUUCUUGAAAAGCUCUACGUAUUUAAAGAUAGUGUUUCUGACUUUUCAUAUUAUGGAAAUGCUGAUGUCAUAAUCGGGAAUGAAAAAACAGAUGAUCUAGAAAAACCAAUGACACAAUUCCUCCAUCAAGCAUUUCAACGUAAUGAUCAUGAUUUUACAGACAAACUGUGGCUGUUUUUAUAUCAGUUGGAGAACAAAGAUGAUAUGAGGCAAUGUAUAAAAGAAAUUAUUCAAGAUAUUAUAAAUGGAACAUUGCAACCUGCCAUCAGUCCUGCUAAUGAAACAAAACUUGCUAAAUUUAUUCGUCAGAUGUAUUUAGCAGAUUCAGAUGAAUCAAAACAUUAUGCAAAAGAUAAGCUUUUUGAGUUUUUGUCAAGCGAAACUGCCAUAUAUAAUCUUAUUAUUGAAAUCGGGAUUGAAAAAUUAAGGAAAGAUUACUUUAACUUUUUUUUAAGUAAAGAGUUGACAACCUUAUAUAAUCUUCAAAAACUUUGUAAAGCUACAUCCACGAAUAUGGAUAUUGCUUGUCUAUGGAAGCUUCAUCUAUGUCUAGAAGCUGUAAUAACACCUUCAAUAUACCUAGCUUUAUCUCGGGACUGUGAAUCAUUGAUUUUAAAAGCUGCUUUAGAAUUCUAUUGUAACAAUAAUGUUAGUUUCUCUAGUCCUGUAUUUUAUUUACCAAUAAUGCCUUUCCAUGAUGCAUCACCUGCAAUACAUCAAGCUUGCGAAGCUCGUCAUCCUGUCAUUUGGCAAUGCGGCAUUAUUAAUCAAAAUAAAGUUGACUUAUUAGAAACUACUAUUUAUCAUGUAAAAAAUAAACUUAUAAUACCAGAUGAGGAAACUGAAAACCUUUCUAUGUUAGAAGACAUUAAAAUUGUCUCAGAACAAACUAUGUUUUUGCCAUAUAAAAAGUAACUUCUUUUUAAUUAAAAUAAUUUAAAAUAAUUAGUUAAAAUAAACAGUUGAGUAUUUAAUAAAAGCAAGUUGAUACAAAAAAUAACAUCAUAUUGUAAAAAAAAGUUUUGCAAUUGACCUUUCAAUAUUACAUGAAACUAAUUAUUGAUUUUUACCAAUUCAUUUUUUUAGAUUUAUUAUUUAUGUUUAAUAAUUUAAGUGUUGAAAUGUAAGUUUGUAAAGGAAAAACAAAUCAUUUAUUUA